GAACGCUGACCUACCGGAAAGCUGUGUCUUCCUGGCCCCUCCCACUCAUUCACAUACUUUAGGGAUGAAGCUAACGUUGAGGCUAACUUUUAAGCAAAUAACUGUAAGCACCGUGCGUGUAUUAGACACAUUUAAACAUUGAACAGUGCAAGUGGUGGACUUCAAAUGGAAGCGAAACACUCACUGGAACGGCGUAUUUAUUCUUUAAACCACAUAUAUAAGUUAACUGGACAUUUGAAGUGAAACAACGGCAAGACAAUAAAAAAAAAAAAAAACAGCUAACAUUAGCGGAGAGUCGACACUGGACUAAUAUGUUGCUGCGACCCUUUUUGUGGUCGCUUUUGGGGCUUGUUGUGUUCUGGACAGAAUUCCCACUGGGGGCUCGGGCCGACUCAGCACUUUGUCCCGCAAAGACUCUUGUAUGGGGGUCGGGACUAGAGGCAAACAUUGUCCUGCCAGCCCGUUUUUUCUUUAUCCAGGCAGUGGACAGCUCAGGGAGAAAUCUAACAGCAUCGCCAGGGGAGAAAAUGUUCGAGGUGAAGAUCGUGUCUCUGUCAGAGCAUUUCACCAGGAUCUGGAUUCAGGUUCUGGAUCGUCAAGAUGGGACUUUCCUAGUUCGCUACAGAAUGUAUGCGAGCUACACAGAUCUUCACAUACACGUUCUGCUCAUGGACCAACAUGUGGCCAAGUCUCCAUACAUUCUCAGAGGACCAGUCUACCAUGAGGGCUGUGACUGUCCACAACUCGAAGGCUCCGUUUGGCAGUCCCAUAUGCACUGUCCUCACUCCUUUCCCCAGAUAGAGCGCGACUUGUCCCAUUUCGCCAAUGUCGACCCAGAUCGCAACGCUCGGGAGAUCCCGCAGCGCUUUGGGCAGCGGCAAAGCCUCUGCCAUUACACCAUCAAAGAUAACAAGGUCUCCGUUCAAACACUUGGCGAGCAUGUCGGUUUCAGAAUCUUUAUGGAUGCCAUCCUCCUGUCACUUAGCAGAAAGGUCAAGUUACCUGACAUGGAGUUUUUUGUUAACCUGGGCGACUGGCCGCUUGAGAAGAGGAAAGGCCCUCAGAACAUUCAUCCUAUCUUCUCCUGGUGUGGCUCAAACAACACUAGAGAUAUUGUCAUGCCCACAUACGACCUGACCGAGUCUGUCCUUGAGACCAUGGGGAGAGUGAGCCUGGACAUGAUGUCGGUGCAGGCAAAUACAGGACCACCGUGGGCCAAGAAGAACGCCACAGCCUUCUGGAGGGGGCGGGACAGUCGUCAGGAGCGUCUGGAGCUCGUCAAGCUGUCGAGGGCCCACCCCCACAUGAUUGAUGCUGCCUUCACCAACUUCUUCUUCUUCAAGCACGACGAGAGUUUAUACGGCCCAUUGGUCAAGCACGUCUCCUUCUUCGAAUUCUUCAAGUACAAGUACCAAAUAAACAUUGAUGGCACUGUGGCAGCAUACCGCUUGCCUUACCUUCUGGCGGGAGACAGUGUGGUGUUCAAGCAGGAUUCCGGCUACUAUGAGCAUUUUUACAACGAGCUCAUACCGUGGGAACACUAUAUCCCAGUCAGGGCGGACCUCCGAGAUCUGCUAGAAAAGAUCCAGUGGGCAAGAGACCAUGAUGAAGAGGCCAAGAAAAUUGCUCUUGCAGGUCAACAGUUUGCACGCAAACAACUUAUGGGAGAUAACGUAUUUUGUUAUUAUUACAAACUUUUCCAGGAAUACGCUAAACUCCAGGUGACUGAACCCAAGAUACGUGAGGGCAUGGAGAUGGUAGAACAUCCCAGUGAAGACCUGUUUCCUUGUUCCUGCCUCCGGACGCAGGAAAGAGUGCAGGUGCCAUUUGGGACCAAAUGUUUGGAGGCUGUGUUGUGUGUUCCUGCCUCCCCGGAGCAUCACGUUUCCACUGUGCUCGUACUGACCCAUGGAGCUGGGGGAGACAUGAACUUCAAACAUCUUGUUUCUCUGGCACACUGUUUGGCCUCCAAGGGCCUCCUGUGUCUACGGUUCACAUGCAAAGGUUUGAACCUGGCAUAUAGAGUGAAGGCUUACCAUGCAGUCUGGCGCUACUUGAAAUCAUUGCCGAAUUUCACCAUAAAGCACACAUUCUUUGGAGGCAGGUCGAUGGGCUGCCGUGCUGCCGCCGCCCUGGCCAAGCAGCUGAGUGAUGAAUUGGAAGGUGCUAUUCAGGGUUUAGUCUGUUUGUCCUUCCCCCUGCAUCCCCCAGGACAGACUCACGCCCAUCGACAGCGCAGUGAAGAUCUCCGGGGGCUACCUGAAAGCAUGGCUGUCCUCUUCGUUUCAGGCACAGAGGACAAUAUGUGCGAUAGGGUCCUUUUUGAGGGAACAGUAAAGGAGAUGAACGCUCAAGUGGAGGUUUUCUGGCUGAGUGGAGGAAGUCAUGGCCUGAAAGUGUUGGGAAGGUCAGAGGAGUCUGUUUUAGAGGAGGUGAACGCUUACAUUAUAACAUGGCUCACCAAACAAGGAGCUUAGAUACCAUUAGAAUAUCUUUGGGAAAAUCUUCAGAAAGCGAUUUACUCUACAAGUAUGACACAUGUAGGGCAUCAUGAGUCUGUAUUAAAGCAAUUUAUGUUUUG